CCUCGGGGGGUGGUGGUGGACGGACUUCGGUCCAGGGCCUGACGUCACCAAGGGGGCUGCCCCUGCCUUUACCUACCUGCCGGCCCGCCUGCCCAGCGAUGUCCACACUCCUCACUGCCGGCGAAAUCCCCAAGGGUGGCGCUUGUGGCAGCGGGCGUCGGGGCUGCUGUCGUCUGUCUGGUCGGCUCCCUCCUGCGCCUGCCGAGCCAGCCUCGCGUGCCGUGCCGCCACCCUCCUCCUCCUCCUCCUCCCGGCCAUCACCAUCACCAUCAUGUCUCUUCUCCUGGAGACGGUGGGCUUCUUCCUGGCCACCAUCGGCUGGGGGAUGCUGGCGGUGACGCUCUUCAACAGCUACUGGAGGGUCUCCACCGUCUCGGGCAACGUCAUCACCACCUCCACCAUCUUCGAGAACCUCUGGCAGAGCUGCGCCACCGACUCCACCGGCGUCUACAACUGCUGGGAGUUCCAGUCCUUGUUGGAGCUGCCAGGCUACCUACAGGCUUCCCGGGCCCUCAUGAUCAGUGCUUUGGUGCUGGGCUUCUUGGGGAUCCUGUGUGGCAUGCUGGGACUCCAGUGCACCAAAGUGGCUGAAGAGAACCCCAAUGUGAAGGCAAAGAUGGCUGUCGUUGCGGGUUGCCUGUUCGUCUUGGCGGGGAUCUGUGGGAUGGUGACGCUCUCCUGGUAUGCCUCCAACAUUACCCGUGAUUUCUUCAACCCACUCUUUGUUGGCACUAAGUAUGAAAUUGGACCUGCCCUCUACCUGGGCUGGAGUGCAUCUCUGCUGGUGAUCAUCGGAGGAGGGUGCCUGUUCUCCUCGUGUAAGACACACUCGUCACUGCAAGACACGGGUUACCCUUUUCCGUACAAGACCCCCAAGGGUGCCACAUCGGCUCCCGCCACUUCGCCUCCCCGGCCCCGCAUAGACUCGAAUGCCAGCAGCGUCGGAAAGUAUGGGAAGAAUGCUUACGUGUAGGGACUCCUAGUGGGGUGACACCCCGCAAAAGACAUUUUCGGAUGCCAAAGGCUUUUGCAGAGAUGGCACUUCAUGGGGGAGGAUUCUCUUCUUAGCGACUCCCCAUUUGGACUUUUCUUGAAGCCCUGAUGAUGCUACCAGCUGGAUAGAAGCCUCAAGUUCACAUUUCUGAGUCAGGCAAGACCCUGGACACUGAAGAUGCUGCACGAAUGAGGUUCUCUGUUGCAGGGGAGAACUGUCUUGAGUAUAAUGGCAUUGCCCUCCUCCUCGUCAUGGAACUGACCUGCUGAUAGUUGCAAGACGUGUGAUCAGCAGACCUCAACUUCUAAAUUGAGAGAUGGCAGGAAGGACUCUGACUUCAGAGGAAGUCACGUUCUCUGGAAGCCCAUCCCCUGAAAUCUAGACGCCUGAGGUUUCCUGAUGGUUAAGGGAAAGCGUUUUUAACGUGCUGAGAGGAAACAGCGUUAUUCUUCGCAUUUGCUUCUCUCCCUCCAACGAGUUCAGCAGGAAAGAUUUGUCUCAUUUGAUUCUUGCAACAUCCUGGCCGACAACCAAAUGCUGUAUUUGUGCGACGAAUAGUUGUGUCACUGCAGGACAAUUGUGUCCCUGUGUUAACCCAUGUGGGUUUUCAGAUCUCUCUGAGGACCAUGGGCACUCGUGUGCAAAAGUUCCCCACAAAAAAUAGAUGUGCUAGUGAUUGCAUACCUUGUUGAGUAAUGGCACACUUUUUUGUGCUAGCCUGGAAUGAAAGUUCCAGACGUAGCACAAGAGUGUUGUGCUAUCACAAUGUCCGUGUGAAAGCACAGCAUUAGGAUGUCAGCCCAUGUGAGGCAGUUUAGGCAGAAAGGGAGUGACUGGUACAGUUGCCAACUCUGGCUGAAGGAAUUUCUGGAAAUUCUCUCUCACCCCCGACCAGCAAUUUUCCCAACACCAAGCCAUGAAAAUCUCUAAGAUUGUUUUCAACAGUCAGGUGGAGAUUGAUGCAGAUUCUUGGAAAUUCUGGGCCGAUCCUGGAAAGUUAAUUAAUUAGCCUUCACUCCAAGGUUAAUUAACUCUAAUUAAAAUCCCAGUUCCACAAUUUUGUGUACCCUAGCGAUCUGCACAGAUUUCACUCAAAUCAAUUCAAAUUCGAAUCUAAUUCAAAUCUAUUUGCACAUUUAAUAGAGUGGAGACUCGCUCGGAUUGAUUUGAAUUCACCCAAAAUCAAACGGGUCGAUUUUUACCAUAUUCGAUUCAACUUUGAACGAAUUCAUGGAGAGAAAUUCAUGCACAUCCCUAGAGUACUCCUAAUUGGUUAUUCGCUUCUGUUCAUGUACCCAAUCCAUGCUUUCCCCCUAUACAUCAGCUAUGUGUGACCUGUGGCUUCUUGUUUUUCCACAUACAUAUGGAAAUCCCCCCUUUUCCUGAGUGCAAUUACUGGUCUGCUAAUGUUGACACAGCUUAAACUGGGAAAUGCUUAUCAGUAAUACUGACAGGAAGAAAGGGCAUAGCUGGGCCUCUAAUUCCUUUUGCAGCCUGAAACUUUCGUCAAGCCAAGCUAAUUUUUAUCAAUACUUAUUAAUACUAUUGCAGAACGUUGCCCCUUAUCACUAAGUUCUACAUUGGCAACCCAAGUUCUUCCCCAGUGAGCGGGGAUUUCAACCCAAUUAGGGCCUCUGUUCAGAGCCGAGCCGUUAACAUUGAUCAAAGUGAGUAAAAAGAAUUCCCCUAACCUUGAAUUUUGCUUGCAAAAAUUCAGAAUGGGAUUCUUCUGAUUUUAAGAGAUUUUCAGAUAAAAGAGGCACAUCAGCAUGAUUUUAGCAAGCUUAUUGUCUUAAAUGUCAUCAAGAUGACUUAAGAUGUAGCUCUUAAAAAAAGAAUUCUCACAAUGUCAGAUUUCAAAAACCAGAUCUGAAGACUCCAAUGUGCAAAGACAAAUCCAGACUUUCAGAUUACUGCAAAGUUCUGUUUUGGAGCCAGUUGUGAACUGUUCUGGGGCACCGUACUCCAGUUCUGGUUAGCAGCCUUGGAGUCAAGUACAUAGGAACAUAGGAGGCUGCUGCAUCAGACCCAUUGAUUAAUCUAACUCAGUAUUGUCUAGACAGACAAUACUCAGCCCUGUCUUGGAGAUGCUGCCAGGGAGGGAACUUGGAACCUUCUGCUCUUCCCAGAGUGGCCCCAUCCCCUAAAGGGAAUCUCUUCCAGUGCUCACACAUGUAGUCUCCCAUUCAUAUGCAAACCAGGGCAGACCCUGCUUAGCAAAGGGGACAAUUCUUGCUACCAUCAGACCAGGAGGGCACACGCCCACUACCGCCUAGUGUUGCAAGGGCAGCCCUUUAGAAAAGGCUCUAAUUGUGCAGUUGUUAAUUACUUUUAUAUAGUGUGUGUAUAUAUUUUAUCAACUGCACAAGGGAGACCGAUUCAGAUGUUCCACCUCCAUGUGACUAUGGUGGGGGUGGGAAGUAGUGGUACAUCCCCACUCCUCUUUGUGAGAUGAUAGGGGGGGCUUUGGUGUCUGACCUGGCCCCUAGAGGAGUUUGCUUCUUGUCUCCCCGUGAUGAUGAUCAGCCAGACUGUAAAAGUCUAGAGCAGGGAUUCCUAGCCUUGGGUCUCCAGGUGUUGUUGGACUACAACUCCCAUCAUCCCCAGCCACAAUGGCCAAAGGAAUAGGGGCUCCCAACCGUGGGUCCUCAGAUGGUGGACUACAACUCCCAUCAUCCCCAGCCACAAUGGGUGAAGAAGAGGUUGCCAACCUUUCAGAGUUGGGGGUUCCCAACCUGGGGGCCCACCAGAUGGCGUUAGACUAUGCACUGCAGCUGGGGAUGAUGGGAGUUGUAGUCCAACACCAUCCAAGGGUGGGAAUCCUUGGAUGAGUGUCCUGACGCAGCAUAAAGUAGCUUUCUCUCUUCUGAUGCUCAGCCAUGUGCUGCUUUGAUCACUCUUUUAAGGGUUGUGGCGAUUGUGGACCCAUCAUGGUAGGCGGUGGGGUCCUUAGGUCACACAGACCUGCUGCCCUUGCCCAAGAGGCAGGAUGGUUGGCUUGCAGUUCUGUCCGAAGGACUAUGCGAGUCUCCCUCCAUACCAGGGGAAAAAAAACACUACAGCACAGCAACUGCCACACUACAAGAUUGGCCUCUCGAGAGCCGACCCCGGCUGCUGAACUCUUUCUCAAGGGCUACUUCUGACAAUCAUGUAUGAAGGAGGGGAACUCGGCCUCCAGCGCUGGCUCUGUACAGAAAGUUCAACAGCACCCCUUCUCUUGGGGCUAAGUAUUACUCGAAGACACUCAGCAUGGGAACACCGCGGAACUUGGCCUCGGCCCAGCGCCCAAAGGGAGGGGCUGGGCAAGAGAAUCUGAACUGUGCGAGGACUUGUGAGCCAAAAACCUCUGUUCAUGUAAUGCUGAGGGGCCACACUCAAGGAUUUCUUUUUUUUUAACAAGGACUUGCUUGGGUAUUUCAAAUUGUUUUCUACGAAAAUAAACAUUGUUUUAAAUGUCA